AACUUCUUGUUCAUCCUAAAUUCAAAACAAUACAAAGUUCCUUUCAAAAGAAAAAACAAUACAAAGUUACAAACUCCAGCUUCAGUUUUAGUUGAAAAGGUGUUUGUUUCCGUUGAAUCAUCCAAGCGAAAAAUGAGCGUAGAACUUUUAGACGCUACCACCAUCGUCAACUUUGUGGAGGAUGAAGAAGCAUUCCACGGUUCAAUAUGUGACCAUUUUGCUCACCUUGAUACCAACCAUGAUGGCCUUCUUUCCUACGCUGAGAUGCUGAAGGAGCUCAAGUCUUUGAGAGUGUUCGAGACGCAUUUUGGCAUUGAUGUCAAGCCGGAGCCUGCUGAGAUUGCUCAGGUUUACAACUCGCUGUUCAAACUGUUCGAUCACGACUCUAAUGGUGCGGUUGAUCUUGAAGAGUUUAAGGCCGAGACCAAGAGGAUGAUGCUUGCCAUGGCUAAUGGGAUGGGUUUCUUGCCUUUGCAGAUGGUGUUGGAAGAGGACAGCCUCCUGAAGAAAGCUGUUGAACGCGAGUCGAACAAAAUUGCUGCUUAAGCACAUUGAGAUCAGCCUGAUUCAACAAUCCCAAUUGAGUGAAUUUAUCUUGUUUUUUAGUCAUCUUAUUUUGAUUGUAUUACUAUGACUUAAAGAUGAUAGUGUUGUGUGUGAAAUCAAUGAGGCAAAAUAUCUGCAGUAACCAUUGGUUUUUGUCAGUUGAAUAAAAGAACUAGUCUUGGCAUCUA